CUACAAUACCCACAAUUCACUCUGCUUUAACAGCAACAGCUAGGAUGGUGCGAUAUCGCUGGCAGCCAAAGAUUGCUGUGGUUGCAGAGAUUAGACCACUGGACUGAAACCCCAGUCUAAUGAUUUGGUGGAUGACAAAUUUCUGGGUUACGUAUUUGCAGCUUCAGUUGCAGCAUACGUAGGCGUUAGUCUCGUGCCAACUCAACGCUUGUUUUGGGCUGCGUCGCGCUAAAGCGUAAGCUAACAAAAAAAAAAAUCUCAGUUUUACUGGAAAUUACAAACUGUGAGCCAUGGGGCAUCAGUCGACGGCCGCUCUACUUUACUGAGAAUGGAAAGAAUUGUUCGGCUAACAGUGUCACACAGUUUACACGUUGGAUACAUCGCACUUGAAGGCAUCAUCUUCAGAGGAUAACCUGGAUAACCUUACACGAAAUGUCAUAACGCGUAAGUAGCUAGCAUUUAGCUAGCUUGGUAAUGGCUGGACGAGAUGGAGAUGGACUUAUUUUUUUCAUCAACAGUCGUAACAGACCACGAACAGCUGGAUGGCUUGUAAGAGGAAUACUUUCUCCGGGGAUGCUUUAACCUCCUGGGUGUUGUAAUUCACUUACAUAACUGCUAGUCUCAACCGCUCUAGCCAUCACCAACUGGCUUGUGUUGGGAAACUAAUGGGAAAAUAUUCUCCCCAAACCAUGAUAAAUAACAAAGAAGGCAUCACUUGUGUAGUUUGAGCCAUCAGAAUAGACUCAUUUUACAAUUUGAGUACGCUGGAAAAAUAUAUUACAAUAACAAGUCUUCACACAGGAGACAGCAGCUCAUUGCUGUGUGUGAAAAGUGAAUCCAUAAAUACUCCUGUCACACCGAGAACAUGAGGAAGUUCUUUGAUUCUCGCCGGGAGUUGGUCAGCUCCGGGCCUGGUUCUGGAGGAGGAGGUGGAACCUCUGGGUCCAGUCAUGCAGGCGGAAAUUUCAUUGGGAGAGCCUUCACUGUUGGGCGGCACCAGGUCACAGUCGAAGAGAUCAUAGCAGAAGGUGGUUUUGCAAUCGUGUUCCUCGUGAAAACAAAUCAAGGUGUGCGCUGUGCUCUGAAGAGGAUGUAUGUCAAUAAUGAGUAUGAUCUGCAGGUGUGCAAACGGGAGAUUCAGAUAAUGAAAGACCUUGUCGGUCACAAGAAUAUAGUUGGUUAUCUGGACUCCAGUAUCACAGCCAUGGGCUCGAGGGACGUAUGGGAGGUUCUCAUACUGAUGGACUACUGCAAGGGAGGGCAGGUGGUCAACCUGAUGAAUCAGAGGCUACAGACUGGCUUCACAGAGUCUGAGGUGCUUCAGAUCUUCUGUGACACCAGUGACGCUGUGUCUCGCUUGCACCAGCGAAAGACACCGAUCGUCCACAGGGACCUAAAGGUGGAGAACAUCCUUCUGCACGAUAAAGGUCAUUACGUGCUGUGUGACUUCGGCAGCGCCACAAACAAAUUUCAGAACCCGCACACUGAAGGUGUGGCUGCUGUGGAGGAAGAGAUCAAAAAGUACACCACUUUAUCAUAUCGUGCCCCAGAGAUGGUAAACCUCUACAACAACAAGAUUAUUACCACAAAGGCAGAUAUCUGGGCGCUGGGCUGUUUGCUGUACAAGUUGUGCUUCUUCACUCUCCCCUUUGGUGAAAGCCAGGUGGCCAUCUGUGAUGGCAGUUUCACCAUUCCAGACAAUUCCCGUUACUCUUAUGAUCUACACUGCCUCAUUCGGUACAUGCUGGAGCCAGACCCCGACAAAAGACCUGAUAUUUAUCAGGUGUCCUUCUUUGCUUUUAAGCUAGCUCAGCGGACCUGCCCUGUCCAGAAUGUGAAGAAUUCUCAGAUUCCUUCCAAACUUCCCGAGCCGAUCAAAGCGAGCGAGGCUGCCGCAGCGAAGAAGAGCCAGACUAAACCCAGACUGACAGAUCCAAUUCCCACCACUGAAACCUCCAUCACCCCUCGUCAGAGGCCCAAAGCGGUGCAUGCUCAGCCUGCUGCUGGCAUCCUACCCAUCCAGCCUGCCGCUCUCACCCCUCGCAAGCGAGCUAAUCUCCCUGGUGGUGCAGGAGUCAGCUUAGGUCUCUCUCAGCCAGCUGCAGCUCUCCAGUCACAGAAGGCACAGACGUCAGCGCAGCCUCACAUCCUGACACAAAACAACACAAGUCAGGCUGCAGCACCACUAAAACAGUCUGUGCAGCCAGCUGCAGCUGUUGGAGGAGAGGCGGCAGCAUCACAAGUGGUCAAGGCUGAGGCCUCACCACAAGCACAGCAAACUACCCAGCAACAAACCACAACCCCCCCUGUGGUCAUUCCCGCUUCCCAGCAGGCAGCACAGACUGCGUCCAGCCCCGCCCCACCUCAGCGCCCAGCGCGUCGCAGACAGGCGAGCCAGGCUCAGCAGCCAGAUUCUCAGCCUUCUCCCACCAAACUGGCACCCGGGCAGCCGGCUGUAGCUCAGCAGCAGCAGAUAACCCAACCACCAGCUGUACAAACUCAGCCUGCGUCCUCUGAGACUCCACCUGAAACUCCAAAGACAGCUGAAGAAGGAGCUCAUCAGCGUGUGUCGAGUGAAACUACAGAAAACGUUGCUGCUGCAUUUCUGACCAGCGACUCCUCACAGUCGCCACAGGGCGCUAAUGGAGGUGCCGACCCUAGUCAAUCACCAACAUCUCCGCCAAGUGCCAGCCAGCCGGUUCAGCUGAGUCUUUGUGAUUCCGCUCCGGAUCAAAGCAAAGCUGCAUCGUCUCUUCCUGCCUCUGCAGGUUCCACCAACACCCCCACACAACCAGCGUGGAACCUGUUCGACGACGACACCUUCUCCACCCUCUCUGCUGAAGGCUUCAAAACUGAUGACAAAAAGACUUCUGACUUGCUGUCAGAUCCUGACACACAAUCACCUGAGGAGCUGAUACCGGGCCUACAGGCCUCCUCUCUAGAAAACACUCCCCAAGAAACAGCUGAAAGACCAUCUUCUAUUCUGGAACCAGGAGCCUCCCUGUUGGCGGUUCCUGAUCCUUUCCACACACUCGAACUGUCAGACGCUCCAGAGAAGCUGAUCGAAGGACUCAAAUCUCCUGACACGUCUUCACUCCUCCUCCCUGAUCUGCUGUCCUUGUCCGACCCGUUUGGUGGGUCUGUGGAGUCUGUGAAAGAUCCUCUCACAGCAGACGACUCUCUCCUGAGCUGCUCUCUGCUCUCCGGUCCGUCUCCUCCUGCAGCAGCGAGCAGCACCAUCUCCUCCAUCUCGUCUGCCCCUAACUCCGCCACCUCUGCUUUGGAUGAGUUUAGUUUGUUGUCUGGAGAGUCGACGCGGUCUAAAGGAGUCUCGUCUCUCCUGAUCUCAGACUUGGAGGCCCAGCAGACGAGUGCGGAGGCAGCUACAGAGGAUGAGUUUGAUCCUAUUCCUGUCACGGGGCGGAAAAACUCCCAAGAUCUGCAGAGGGAGCCCAGCUUUAACAAACAUCAAGCCUCUGAGUCUGCAGCUCCUGAGCUUUUUACAGCAGAGAAUCAAAAGCAGAAGAUCCACCAGAGCACUGCUCUGUGUGUUAAUACUAAACACAUGCAUCUAUCAGAUGCCUGGAGCCCUCUAAACCACCCUCUGCAAACUCAUUCUACCAGUUUCAUACCUGAAAACCACAAUUCCCAGUUCCCACCUUCAGCUAGCCCAACAGCAUCUGAUGUCUUCCUGCUGGCUCCAUUUAACCCUCCAGGAAAAGAAUCCUCCGUUCCUGCAGCUCAUAAACCUGCAGAGACAUCUGACAUUUUCCUCCAGGCACCGUUUGGCAAGAGGCAGGAAACCAACCGAUCCGCCCCCACCGACUCUCACACAUUUAGGCCCAUUAUGCAGCACAUAGAGAACUGUAACCAUGUCUUGGUUAAAGCAUUGCCCCCUCUGAGGAUCCUGCACAGGGAGGCUCCUCUGCUCCAGCAGCCGGUGGCCGUGCACCGGGUCGUCUCCAGGAUCGGUCAGCAGGCCGCUGUGGGCUCCGUGGCCGUGGGACCGCUCCAUUCCUGGACUAUCGCUGGGAAAACUCAGAAUGACCCCUUCACUGCUGCACCUUUUCAACCAAGAUGCUCUCAAGGGAAACCUUGAUUGUUAUGUGAUUUCUUUUAAAAUGUGCCAAGUUGGAAUAUUUUAAACAAACAUUAAGAGGCCAAAGUACAGUUCAGAUGCAGUAUUAAAGAGGUCAGAUUUAGCUUUUAAUAUUAAUGAAGUCAUUAUUUUAACAAGUUUUGUUCCACUUCAGUCAUGUUAUCUGCUUUUUGUUGUCACAUCACCAUGUCAGCACCAACGGGCUGAACUUUGACUUGAUGAGAAUAUUCGUCUAGGAUCUGUUACAUCUUAUUUAUGGACAUCGCGUUUUCCUAAAAGCUUAAUGUCAUAUUUUUUACACUCAAACACUUAGUUUUAUUAGUCUUAAGAAGACAAUAAAUCUGAAUAUUUUCAUGUUUUAUAACAGAACUUAUCAGCAGCUUGACAUUUCUGGCUGAAAGUAUUUUUCCAGUUGUUUACGUUUAAUGAACAGUUUGUCGCUUCAUCGUCAGCACCAAACUUCAUUUUUAUCAAGCCAAAGGAAUCUGUGUUGGAGGUUUUUUGCUGAAAGCACAUUUUUAGUUUCAUAUCAUAAAAUCCCAAAUGGCUGGUCACUAGAGAGCAGCGUGUAAUCAGUAUUAUGUGAUUUUAAUCAUCUUGUGCUCAAGCUAUGUUCUUAACAGAUCAUUUCCUUUGAUUGGAGCGAACACUUUUACAUCUUGUGAAAUCGUUUUGGAUAGACUUUUCUUCACAUUUCGUCCAAGCUGAAUGUUUCUAUUUUUUUCAUUUUGUUUCUGAUGUUUCUUGAUAUUUUUUUAACCGUGCUGCCUUACAGAGCCUAUUUUGUAAUGUAAAGUAAAAUGAUUACAUCUAUACAUUGUAAUUCUAGUAAUGAACAUAUAAAGCAGUUACUAGUCCACACUAGAUGAUUUAUCAUGAUGCCUUAAAGGUACAGUAUGAUAAAGUGAGAUUUGUACUGUGAAAUAAUCCCAAAACAGUCUAAUUUCUCAAUCAUGUUGGAAGGAACCUUAUACUGAAACUGAUAUGUUGUCAGUUUUUCUCCUUUCAAAAUAAAGGAAUGAGAGACUUC